AUGGCGAUUUACAUCCUGUCCCGUGGAAAGUGUGGCCUCUCCAAAUGCACCACUCGCUAUCUGUUGGCCAUGGCAGCGGUGGAUCUACUGCUCAUUACUACGGAAGUUAUUCUUCGUAAGAUCAAUGACCAUUAUUUUUCAAUGUGUUUCCUGGACAUCACCAUUGUUUGCCGUACGAACCUUGUAUUAACAUACAUAGCUGUAGACUGUUCUGUCUGGUUCACCGUUACUUUCACCUUUGAUCGAUAUGUUGCCAUUUGUUGCCAGAAGCUGAGAACAAAAUAUUGCACCGAGAAAACUGCAGCCAUUGUUCUAGCAACAACAGGCAUUCUGCUUUGUCUGCAAAACGUCCCCUUUUAUUUCUUAAUUGAACACAGAAGGAUUAUCGACAAUGUACCGUGGUUUUGUGUGACGAAAUCGAGUUAUUACACUGAACCCGGGUGGGUAAUAUAUGAUUGGUUUGAUGCUUGUUUAAAUCCGUUGCUCCCCUUCGCCGUGAUUUUGCCGCUUAAUGUCAUGACAGUCAGGUAUGUUUUAGUAGCCAGUCGAGUCCGUAAAUGUUUGAAAGGUCAGAGCAACGGAGCGAACUGCAGUGACUCGGAAAUUAAGAAUAGGAAGAAGUCUAUCGUUCUGCUUUUUACCCUUUCCGGCAGUUUUAUAUUCCUGUGGCUGACUUUUGUUGUAGAAUUCGUCUAUUAUCAGAUCACCGGAACUGGGGGAGAGUGGAACGACUCGGAGUUUAUCUUUCACGAGGCCGGAUUUCUGCUGACCAAUAUUAGUUGUUGUACAAACACGUUUAUUUACGCGGCAACUCAGACCAAGUUCAGGGACCAGUUGAAGAAUGCUGUGAAAUAUUCAAUUAGCUCAGGGCUUCAGAAGAUUAAUAAAACAAUCCCUUUGGUGAGCUGA